AUUAAUGUAUAUAUGUUUUAAGAUACUACGAGGUACUAUUACCAAGAAUUUACUUGCUAUUAGUCGGAUAAAUUUCAGGAUUGUUUCGUUGAAACAAUACAAGCGAUAGAACAACAGAGAUAGAACGAUGCAACAACGAUUAUGUUAAAACGGCGACGAAGAGUUACAUAGUAUUAAGUUUUGAUAGAACCUUGAAUCUUAGCGCAAGUAAUUUUCUCGCGAAUCAUCUUUUCUCGAUUGUAUAGAUGAUUAUGCAAGCUUUGCCCGGAAAUACUUAAUUGGCAAAAAAUUAAUCGCAUUGUUUCACAGAGAGCCGGCAUAAUACAUGGGUGCAGAGAUAUAGCGUUAAAAAGUAAAGUUGUUCAUUAACUUCAAAACAAAGCGUUUACACGAAAUCUCUAUAUACGCAUAUAUAUAAAAUGCUAUUUUAAUUAAAAGACGAUAUUCUUUACUAACAUGUUCUUUGUAAGUUUAUUUAUAAUUAGUAUUUUUCAAAUUUCACUUAUACGAUCACUGAUCGGACGUUUGAAAUUUCGCGCUUAUUUUUAGUUAGAAAUGAAAAGAGCGCCGUUGCUAGAUGGCAGCAUUUACCACUACCUUAACGAUGCGUUUCGUGAUAUCUGGAGAUAUCGAAAGUAUUUCUACUGAAUCGUAUCAUUGAUCUAACGAUAAAUUCACAAUCGUUUCGAGUCUUCCACUUGCAAUCGUUUCUCGAGAAUCGAAAGGAAAACGCGCGCACUUUAAUAAAUAAAAAGGAGUGCAUUGGAAAUGUCAAAGGGAAUAAUAGUACCUAACCUAUCCCGUGAUUAUUUACAUGCCUGUCAAUGCGGAGAUUUGUCAAAAAUCCAAAAUCUUACUUUAAAGUACGACGUACAGGAUUGGACGGUUUUUCGGCAUAUGGUUUCCGGUGACACUCCUAUGCACGUUGCAGCGCGCGAAGGUCAUCUGAACGUAAUCGAGUAUUUAUGCGACUCUUUCGAAAGACCUGUUGACUUUAAAGUCAACGUUGUUAACAAGGAUAUGAAAAGGCCGCUGCACGAAGCAGCGCAAUUCUCGCGUAUUCACGUUCUACGUUACUUAAUAGAAAAAGGUGCAACCAUCGACUGUUUGAAGCGUGCCGAUUGGACGCCACUGAUGUUAGCGUGCACGAAGAUUGGUAGCGAGGCGUGCGAGUGUAUCAGGACAUUACUUGAAGCAAAGGCGGAUCCUUUGAGAAGGAACAAAGACGGUUGGAUACCUGCAUUUAUAGUUUGUCGUUCUGGUGACGUUAAUGCACUUAGUUUAUUUUUGGAUUACGCUCCUGAAAGUAUCGCUCUUCGAAGUAACAACGGUCGUAGUACUCUUCAUAUAGCUGCUUUCAACGGACACGAAGAGAUAAUCGAUUUGCUCUCAACUGCGGAUCCGGGUCUGGUAAAUGCACGUGAUUCAUCAGGUGCUACGCCUCUUCACGAAGCUGUUAAGAGCGGGAAUUUAAACGUACUAAAGCGUUUGAUACGAUUGGGUGCGGAUUUUCGCGCCGUCGAUAAGGUCGGUCAAACAAUCCUACAUAUAGCUUCUUUAAUAGGAAAUAUGGUAAUGCUGGAAUAUAUUUUAAUGAAUAAUUUCAUUGAUGUACACGAGAAAGCAUUUUUUGAUGUUACACCUUUGGUCGCAGCUCGUCGAAGUAAACAAAUGGAUGUAAUCAACUUGUUAAUAAAAUAUGGAGCUGAGAGAUAAUUAUUCUUUUUUAGAAAAUGGACACAGAUUUAAACCACAAAUUUUAUAAUGAUUAUUUCUAAACCUUAUUCCCUUCACAUUACUACAAUUGAUCAUCGAAAUUAGGAUUAAAAUUAAAGAUAAGGAUUAAUGAUUUUUCUUCAGAGAUUGGUACACAUUUAUUUAUCCUUUUUCUCUGUAUCAUCGGACAGUCUUAAAGAAGCAAUACAAAAUCAAGAAACGGAGAUUUCUUAUCCGAUUUGGAAAUACCUAAGUUUUACAAUCUUGUCUUAUCUGCGUUCCUAAUGCGCGCAGGCAGGCAAUGGCGGAAAGAUCUUGGCGGUUCGCGAUAAUUAAAUGAAUUUAUGGAGGAAAGAUAAUUGUAAAAAAAAAA